GAGGGCGGGGCUAGCCGGAGGCGCGCGCGAAGUGGCAGCGCGGAAGGAGCUACGCGUGGAACCUGCGGCCGGGCUAUCUGCAGCUGCGGACUCUCCUCCGCGGUGGUCUUCCCUCAGCAGCGCGUACUCUCGGCGCCGCCAUGGACCUCGCAGCGGCCGCGGAGCCCGGCGCCGGAAGCCAGCACCCGGAGGUGCGCGACGAGGUGGCCGAGAAAUGCCAGAAGCUGUUCCUAGACUUCCUGGAAGAGUUCCAGGGUAGUGAUGGAGAAAUUAAAUACUUGCAGUUUGCAGAGGAGCUAAUUCGUCCUGAGAGAAACACGCUGGUUGUGAGUUUUGCAGACCUGGAACAAUUUAACCAACAACUUUCUACCACCAUUCAGGAAGAGUUCUAUAGAGUCUACCCUUACCUGUGUCGAGCCUUGAAGACCUUUGUCAAAGACCGAAAGGAGAUCCCUUUUGCUAAGGAUUUUUAUGUUGCAUUCCAAGACCUACCUACUAGACACAAGAUUCGUGAGCUCACUUCAUCCAGGAUUGGGCUGCUCACCCGAAUCAGUGGCCAGGUGGUGCGCACUCACCCAGUUCACCCUGAGCUUGUGAGUGGAACUUUCCUGUGCCUUGACUGUCAAACAGUGAUUAAGGACGUAGAGCAGCAGUUCAAAUACACACAGCCGAAUAUCUGCCGAAAUCCAGUGUGUGCCAACAGGAAGAGGUUCCUUCUAGACACUAAUAAAUCAAGAUUUGUUGAUUUUCAAAAGGUUCGCAUUCAAGAGACUCAAGCGGAACUUCCCCGGGGAAGUAUUCCCCGGAGUUUAGAGGUUAUCCUGAGAGCUGAAGCUGUGGAGUCAGCCCAAGCUGGUGACAGAUGUGAUUUCACAGGGGCACUGAUUGUUGUGCCUGAUGUCUCCAAGCUUAGCACACCAGGAGCACGUGCAGAGACUAACUCCCGAGUCAGUGGAGCUGAUGGGUAUGAGACAGAAGGCAUUCGAGGGCUCCGGGCCCUUGGUGUCAGAGAUCUGUCAUACAGGCUGGUCUUCCUUGCCUGCCAUGUUGCACCAACCAACCCAAGGUUUGGAGGGAAAGAACUCAGAGAUGAGGAACAGACCGCUGAGAGCAUUAAGAACCAAAUGACGGUGAAGGAAUGGGAAAAGGUGUUUGAAAUGAGUCAGGACAAAAACCUGUACCACAAUCUCUGCACGAGCCUCUUCCCUACUAUACAUGGCAAUGAUGAAGUAAAACGCGGUGUCUUACUGAUGUUGUUCGGUGGUGUUCCUAAGACAACAGGGGAAGGAACCUCUCUUCGUGGGGAUAUAAAUGUUUGCAUUGUUGGUGAUCCAAGUACAGCUAAGAGCCAAUUUCUCAAGCACGUGGACGAGUUCAGUCCCAGAGCUGUCUAUACCAGUGGCAAAGCCUCCAGCGCUGCCGGCUUAACAGCAGCUGUGGUGAGAGAUGAAGAAUCUCACGAAUUUGUCAUUGAGGCUGGAGCGUUGAUGCUGGCUGAUAAUGGUGUCUGUUGUAUUGAUGAAUUUGAUAAGAUGGACAUGCGGGACCAAGUUGCUAUUCACGAAGCUAUGGAGCAGCAGACCAUCUCUAUCACGAAAGCAGGAGUGAAGGCAACUCUGAAUGCCAGGACAUCCAUUUUAGCUGCAGCAAACCCUGUCAGCGGACACUAUGACAGAUCAAAAUCUUUGAAACAGAACAUCAAUCUGUCAGCGCCCAUCAUGUCCCGCUUUGAUCUCUUCUUCAUUCUGGUGGAUGAAUGCAAUGAGGUGACAGAUUAUGCUAUUGCCAGGCGCAUAGUAGACUUGCAUUCAAGAAUUGAAGAAUCGAUCGAUCGAGUUUAUUCCCUUGAUGAUAUAAGAAGGUACCUUCUCUUUGCCCGACAGUUUAAACCCAAGAUUUCCAAAGAGUCAGAAGACUUCAUUGUGGAGCAGUACAAACGUCUCCGCCAGAGGGAUGGCUCUGGGGUCACCAAGUCCUCGUGGAGAAUCACCGUGCGACAGCUUGAGAGCAUGAUCCGACUCUCAGAAUCAAUGGCCCGCAUGCACUGCUGUGACGAGGUUCAGCCUAAACAUGUGAAGGAAGCUUUUCGAUUACUGAAUAAAUCAAUCAUCCGUGUAGAGACGCCUGAUGUCAAUCUAGAUCAAGAGGAAGAGAUCCAGAUGGAGACGGAUGAGGGACAAGGAGGCGUCAAUGGUCAUGCCGACAGCCCUGCCCCUGUGAAUAGGUUCAACGGCUCCAGUGAAGAUGCCAGCCAGGAGACUGUUUCCAAGCCCUCCCUGAGGCUGGGCUUUGCUGAAUACUGCCGAAUCUCGAACCUCAUCGUGCUCCACCUCAGGAAAAUGGAAGAAGAGGAGGACGAGUCGGCACUAAAGAGAAGCGAGCUUGUCAACUGGUACCUGAAGGAAAUCGAAUCAGAGAUAGACUCUGAAGAAGAGCUCAUAAAUAAAAAGACGAUCAUUGAGAAGGUUGUUCAUCGUCUCACACACUACGUAAGUGUCCACUGCCUGGGCUCCAGGGCACUGUGAGGGAGUGCCUCUAUCUGCAGGCUUUCUGAUGAAUCAUUGGGGAGCGGUCAUAAUUGUAGUUGAGGAAAAUUAACCGAAAGGGAAGGACUUUUCCUAAAAUAAGCAGAAUUUAGGUAAAAGUUGAGCAGGCAGCAUUUGGGUCUUACUUCUGGGUGGGCUUUUUGUGGUGUCUUUAUUUAGCUAUACUGGUAUUGAGCCCUGAGUUUGUAUGUGCUGGGCAGACAUGCCUCUGUGCUGAAUUCUAGGCUCCUGUUUGGGUGCUUUCUAACUUUCUGUUUUCACCCUGUCGGCUUCAUUCAUACCUGGCUAUGUAAUUCUCAACCGGACCACUAGCAGUACCUGAUCCUCGGCCCCACUCCCACCCCCAGUCCAAUGAUCAGGUUUUUUUUAAAAAUUCUUUUCUAUUUUGUUUGGUAAGAGUUGCUUAGGGGCUGGAAGAGAAGAGGACAGAUGGUGUGUUCUACAUUUAUUUUUACUUGUUCAGAGAAAAAAUUCCCAGAUGAAUUGUGUUUAGAUAUUUUGUGUUUGUUUAUUUAGACAUUGUGUCUCACUGUGAAGCCCACACUGGCCUAGAGUUCAAGGUCUUUGUGCCUCAGCCGCCUGGGUGCUGGUAUUCUAGGAUGUAUACCACCAUUGUGGGCUUGGACCUGUUCCCAGUUCUGAGAGACUGGGUAUGAGCCUUCGUAAUAAAUGAGUGAAAGCUGCAGAGAGUUCAGUGGUUAUGAGCACUCAAGGUAAAUUCUCAGCACCCACGUCAGUGGCUAAAACCUACCUACAACUCUUCAGAGUAAUUAAAAAGAAGUAGAAGUAGGACCUAGCUGACAUGGUGACACGCACUUAAAUCCUAGUGCUCAAGUGAGGGCAGGAGAGCUACAAGUUUCAGGCUGGUCUAGGUCUAGCAGCAUAGACUGCCUCAAAAGGUGGGAGGAGGGACUCGUAAAAAGGGCCAAUAGGCAGUGAUUAAAAAUGAACAGAUUUUAGAUAUUAGAAAAUUUUUUACACAAUCUUAAAGUUCAAGCACAGCUGUUUUGAAGUUAUACUGACAAGCAUUUGAUAAAAUGUGUAGGAUACCUGGGGCUGAUCUUCCAGAGGUCCUGAGUUCAGCAGCCACAUGAUGGCUCACAACCAUCCUGAAUGGGAUCCAAUGCCCUCUUUUGGAUGUCUCUUCUUCAGACAGUGUGCUCAUGUACAUGAAAUAAAAUAAGUCUUUUUUAAAAAAAAAAAUCACAAUACCUGCUAGGUUUCUUCGUUUUUCAAGGCAGUUAUACCUGAAGGGUAGCAUCCUAGUAAGAGGGGUUGAGCAGAGCACUGAUAAUGGUUGAAGGUAAGGUUCUGUCCAGGGCCUUAUCGAGAGGAAACAGGAAAGUGUAAGUAUCGGACAUUUGGAAGCGUCCGUGGUUCUGGACUGAGGACAAACUGUGCUCCACAGGAUCACGUUCUGAUUGAGCUCACCCAGGCUGGGCUGAAAGGCUCCAGUGAAGGAAGCGAGAGCUAUGAGGAAGACCCCUACCUGGUAGUCAACCCUAACUACUUGCUUGAAGAUUGAGGUAUUGAAGGUAACUUGAUGGCCAGGGACCUGUGCUGUCCUACCCUUAGCCCGGACCCUGCACGGCACUGAGAGACAGUGUCUGGAGCAAUGCUUGAGGAGGAUUUCAGAAGUGAUGGCUGAGUUCAUGGCUCUGUGAAUUUCAUACUGGGACAGGCUUGGGCACUCUGUCAAUAGGCUUCUUGUACUAUUGAAGUUGGAACCAAAUCAUGUUGUUUCUAUAAGACAUUUCUUCAUGUAUAGGAAAAGCCUGCUGCAUUUGUCAUACAUGUGUCUGUGGAAAUUGCUUUCUUCUGUUCCCAGCCACUGCUUUUACCCAUGAAAAUAAAACAACUUGUUCUGUGAUUGUCUGUUGGAUUC